AUGGAUGCAAAAGCCGAGAAACUGGCUCAGGCGAGACGAAAGUUACGAGAGUACCAGUCAAAGCAUCAGAAUCGUGCAGCGUUCACGAACGAUGGAAGUAACUGGUCAUCGAGUCCGCAUCAGGCCAAUAGCACUGGUCGACGUUCUGUUAGUAGUAUUCGUGAGUUUUGUUUUGAUUAUUAUUAUUAUUAUUAUUAUUAUUAUUAUAUAAUGUGA